AUGUGGUAUAAAUUUUCUGAAAACUUCUAUACAGACGCGAUCAAAAUGAAGAAUAGCUCGGUAGUAUCUGAGUUUGUUUUGUUAGGACUCACCAACACUUGGGCACUUGAAAUUUUCUUUUUUUUCAUAUUUUUGUUGGCAUAUGCAGCGAUUAUGGCAGGGAAUCUUCUCAUUGUGGUCACUGUCACUUUUGACUCUCAUCUGCACUCGAUACCAAUGUACUUCCUCCUUGGAAAUCUCUCCUUUCUUGAUAUGUCUCUCUCUACAAUCACAACCCCUAAGAUGGUUGCCGAUUUUCUCAAGGAGAAUAAAACAAUUUCUCUGUGGGGCUGUAUGGCUCAGAUGUUCUUUCUUCACUUUUUAGGGGGCAGUGAGAUGACUCUUCUCAUAGUUAUGGCUGUUGAUCGGUACAUUGCAAUAUGCAGACCUCUUCAUUACACAACCAUCAUGAACCACCGGAUGCUCAUGGGCUCUGUGCUGCUGUCAUGGGCUGUUGGUUUUGUGCAUACGAUGAGCCAGAUGGUUUUUACCAUCACCUUGCCCUUCUGUGGCUCCAAUGUAGUGGACAACAUUUUUUGUGACCUUCCUCUAGUUCUAAAGCUUGCCUGCACUGACACCUAUGUUCUGGAGUUGCUGGUGAUUGCUGACAGUGGACUACUGUCUUUCAUUUGCUUCAUACUCUUACUCAUUUCCUACACUGUCAUUCUGGUGACCGUCCGACAUCGAUCCUCUGGUGGCCUCUCCAAGGCUCUGUCCACACUGUCUGCUCAUAUUACUGUCGUCACUCUGUUCUUUGGGCCAUGUAUCUUCAUUUAUGUUUGGCCAUUUAGUAGCUUUUCAGUGGACAAAUUUCUUUCUGUGUUUUAUUCAGUUAUCACACCAUUAUUGAACCCCAUUAUUUACACUCUGAAGAAUAAGGAAAUGAGAGCCGCCAUGAGUAAGCUCCAGACAGAACUUCUAGGCAAGACCAUGGUGAAGAUUUUUAGAGCAAAAAUCAUAUAUAUAUUACACCUCAAAAUAAGCUGGUAUUAA